CUACGAUUAUGGAAGGAUAACAACUUUUCAAUUAUCAGUCAACGUUGUAAACGUAGUUAUUUUGAAGUUUGAGAAAGCUACAAUCGCCGGUGCCGCCCGACCGCCGACUGCCGACUAAUAACUAUCCUCAGGGGAUUGUUGCUUACAGGAUGGCUACAUGUACCAACACAGUAGCAAUGGGCUUAGAUGCGAAUCAAUCGAGCAAAGAGUGCACGGAAAACGGUAACAUUGGAAACAUUGCACUGCCAGCAAAUGACACAGCAGCUGAAAAUUUGUCUGAACCAUCUCGAUGCUUUGUAUGCGACGUAAAAGUUCAAGGCCGUUAUUACGCUUUGGCCACUUGUCGAACUCAAAGCAGCAGAGCUCGCGUUAUAGAGAAAUUAGGCGAGCUUGUUGGCGAGAGAUAUAUGGUUGUCAUCUCAGAAGAUGACCUGAUAUGCAGAGGAUGUGCCAAUCUGAUGAAUACUCUCGAUAGACUUGAGAAUGAAAUGCGGGGUGUAAAAGAUGUGAUUUUGCGCUUCCUAGAACGCAAAUAUUCAUUGGAGGAAGGAGAACUUCUGGGCAGCAGUGAAACGGUUAAACCUUGCCAGCCACCGCAGAUCACUAAGAGCCAUACCCAAAAUGGGAGUGGUUAUCACGGACGGAAAAGAGCAGCUGUUAGUGCUGUGGAUGUAUCCUCCGACGGAGGAAAGCAAAAAAAAUCUAACAAUGUUUGGAUGCAAUGUGACAAAUGUCGAUACACAACUCGGUACAACGCAUUUAUGGUCCAUCACAUUCGACAACAUAUUAAACAGCGUAUUACGUGCGACAAAUGUGGUGUACAAAUAAAAAAUCAGCAAAGUUUUCAUCUCUGCAAAGAGCAAGAAUUCAAAAAUGAAAGUGUUGAUGUGCCAGAGAUCCAAAAUAAUGUGAAGGAGCCUGUGGUGGAGAGUUUUGCAACAAGUACAAUUGCGCUCCCAAAUUGUGAAAAAGAUGAACAUAUAUCAAUUGUCAUCCCGCAAUCGGAUCAUCAAUUGGAAGAUGAAUCAAAAAAGGAAACUAUGCAGCUUAUCCGACUGUCAAGUCCUGAUCAUCUUGAUCUGCAAAAUAUGGUUACUUCAGGAGAUGUAAAUAUGACUGGACACGAGGUGUACGUACGAGUAUUACAGCAUGUUGAAGAUGAACAUGGGAACCCUCAGGUGGCUGUCGAAUCUAACAGUAACGCGGGCAUGGUUGUGAGUGUAAAGGAGGGGUCUGGCAAACAGAUGCUAACUUUAGCAGAGGACGGUAGUUUAGAAAUGGUUGAAGUUACUUCGUGGGAUGACGUUCAUUCUUCCCAAUCCGAUCCAGACGUGCCAUUUUAAAGGUGCUAAUUCUAGCAAUGUUCAAGUUAUUUCGUUAUACUAUUUACGUUUAUACGCAAAGAUUACUUCUUACCUAAUGAUUUAACGUUUAAAAAUUAUACUUGUCAUCAGGGACCUGAUAAAUUAAAUGUGUUAAACAAGAAAGUUUAGAGUUACUCGUGAUCACGAAAAGUUUUAAAUGACCUUUGGCACCUGGAUAUGUUUAAAGUUUCACUUUUAUUCGUAACCAAAAAUUGCUUCAUUCCAAGAUUCGGUGUAAUCGUUUGGUAAGACAACAGUAGAAGGCAACCUCGAUUGUUAUUCUUAUCUGCUUUUGUUUUAGGGAAAAUAAUAUAAACAAAUAUAAUUUUGCCCAUGCCAAUAUCGAUUUAAAUCUCAUCUAAACUGACUAGCGUCUAGUCAUAUCUUACCGAGAAAGAAUACUCUGGUUGUUUCUUACAUUACAAUGAUUUCUGCUUAUAUCUGUGCUGACUUGGCAGUGAUUAUUAUUGACCACCACGUUGUGACACUUUACGGAAAGCAUAGAAUGUCUUAAUUUGAGUUUUCGAAUUAUGGAUUUUAAAUCCUGGCUUUCUAAAUUUUCAUAAAAAUUUCACGUUUUUCCACUACUCCAUAUUUCUAUUA